AUGGACAAACCCACGGUGGGCGAGGAUUGGACCACAGGGGAGUCCUCCGCGGUGUCCUACGGUGAGAUAGGCGUCCCCCGGCAGACCAUGGAGGAGCUGAAGACCAUCCUGAGGGGCAGUCCGCUGCUCAGCAUCCGGGGAAGAGAUGAUGGGAAGCCAGGGAGUCCUUAUACGUACCUCCAUGGAAGCAGCAGCGGUAGUGGUGGAGGUGGAAGGCCCGACGGACGGCAGGACGAUGGAAAACCCAACAGGACGUUCAGCACCUUCAAACCCCAAUCUGACGCUUCCAGAAGGGGGCCCAUGUCCAGAGAUAUCACAUCUAUUCAGCAGCCUUCCGGCGUAGAUUCAUCCAGCUCACUCAGGUCUGAUGCCAACACAACACAUAGGCAGCCUGGAGUUAGGGCUCACACACAUGCAAUCGGCGGCUCCUGGGGAGAGACUGGAGCUUCUCAUACAGAUAACGUAAACGAGACUGCCGAGGUCAUUGGGAAUCAGAGGUUCAUUGCCACCAUGGAGCAGAUCAAGCAGCAGAUCGCCAGAGAAAACAUCAACUUCGUCCGCUUUGAGGCCACCGACCUCCAUGGGGUGUCCAGGUCCAAGACAGUGCCUGUCCGCUUCUUCCACGAGAAGGCGGUAUAUGGGGUACCGAUGCCAAGAAGCUACUUGGAGCUGACCCUGAGCCCGAAGAGCAACGAAGUAGACAACGCCAACGCCGCCAACUUCAGCAGUGAUGUCCUCCUGAUUCCUGAUCUUUCGACUUUCAGGGUCUUACCCUGGGCCGAGCAGACAGCCCGGGUCAUCUGUGACCCCUGCACGGUGACAGGAAGCCCUCUUCGCACUUCACCUCGCCUGAUCGCCAAGCAGCUCCUCGGCCAGCUCCAAAGCCUUGGAUUCUCCCUGCACUCAUCUUUCACCUAUGAAUGCUGCGUCCUCGGAGCGCCGGACCGGAUCGGACCAAAGACGCUCUUGUUCCCAGCCACCACCCUACUCAGUAACCAUGACCUGCCUUUCUUCCAGCAGCUGGUGGACAACAUGUACUGCAUGGGCGCAGACAUAGACAGUAUCGCAUCUGCAAGCGGCCCCGGCCAGAUGGAGAUUAACCUGAGGCCAGAGUUUGGGAUUGCGGCCGCAGAUAGCGCCUUCACUUUCCGCACCGGCAUCAAAGAGAUGGCUCGUAAACACAGUUACAUUGCCAGCUUCUUCACUGACGAUGGCCUGUACAAUGCUGGGGUGCUCUCUCACAACUUGUGGGACGCUAACGGGCGACGCAGCCUCUUCCUUAACGGGGAGAGGGCGGGCGAACUUUCUGAGAUCGGAAGGAAAUGGCUGGCCGGGCUCCUCACACACUCUGCCGCUCUGAGCUGCCUGAUGUCGCCCGGCCUGGGCUGCCGGAGCCACAUCGCCAAGACGAUCAAAGACCCCAAACGAAUGCUGUAUGCCACCUGCGGCUGUAAUGAUAACAGCAGCUCCUUCAACAUCAAGUGUCACGGCGGGAGGGAGACGCACAUUGACAACAAGCUGGGCUCAGCCAUGGCCAACCCUUACAUUGUGCUGGCUGCUACUGUGGCCGCAGGACUGGACGGCAUCCGGCGAAACCUGAACAUCGAGAGCGGUCUGAACAAAGCCCCGUGUCAGCAGAAAGAGUUUGCCGUUCCCGUGAAGCUCGACGACGCUCUGGAAGCGCUGGGGGAGGAUCACGUCAUCUGCAGCACUCUCGGAGAGCCGUUUGUUCAGUAUUUCAUCGCCAUGAAAAAGUUUGAGAUUGAGACCCAAGAACUGGAUGAUGAAAGGAACAAGUGCCUCGAGUAUUUCAUCUAGAAACCCUCGCCACACAAAUAAAGGCAUGAAAAACAGCUUGAAAAGCUUUUUAUUUUAUAUG